AUGGCACCUUCGGAAGAAUCUAUCCUGAGCAACUUUUUGCUCUCGCCAGCACCUCUGCCGACAGUCCUGUCCCUGCAGAAAUUCACAGAGCUAUUUCCCAAGCGACUGCGCAGUCAUCCCCAUAUUCGGACAUUGUACCGAGAGCUGCAGCAAGUCAGGGAGCAUGACAUGGACCGGGUCAAUGAAAAUAUCGACCAGGAGAUCCGACAAGGCGAGCGACAGAAAGCCGAACUCCGCAGGGCCAGACGUGCCGCGGGUGUUGAAGCUGCCAAUGCUGAUGAGCAGCGGGAGAUGGACGUGGAUCUCCACCUAUUUGGCCAGAAUUCCACCACACCUGAUGCUUACCAUUCUGCGGAAAGUCUCCUGGCAGCGAUGGAGACUGCCUGUGCAAACAUCGAGCGGGAGAUAUCCGGUAUUGAUCGAGAGGCUGCGGGCCUUUUGAAAGAGCUGAAUACGACAGUUGGCAAUUUGAGUGAUCUUCGUUAUGGCAAAUUGCAGGGACCAGCUGGCACUGCUAAUACAUUGGCCAGCGAGACUAUUCAAGGUCUGCAAAACCUCGAGGAGGCCUGUUACAAGGGCAUGGGCUCUGGUCCUUCUUGA